AGCAGCAUGAUAUGAACAAAGCUAAUUUAUAGAGUGGGUGAUGCUGUUGGAUAUUAAUUAAUUAAUCAUUAUUUUUAAUCCUAUAUACGAUUAAAAAAAUAAAAAUAAAAAUUAUGAGAUUUUGAAUGUAUGAUUGAAAUAUCUUAAACUAUAAGUAGUGCUGAAACAUUCAAAUCAAAUAGUAAUAUAAAUAAAUAAUGGUAUCGUAUAGAAGAAUUCACUUCCGAGUAAACGGGUGCUAUUAUUAUUCCUAGUUAUGAUUAUAAACAUAUAUAUUUGUAGGGAUAUUGAAAAAUGAAAGGAGACAGACAGAAUGAGUGGAAGCAAUGAUCAUCCACAUACUCAAAAAUCAUAUGAAGGAAGCAAUCAAGUGCGAAAUUCUUUGCCCAUUUAAAUACCCGUCACUUUCCCCACCAGUCCUUAAGGAGCGUGCUGCUUUGGUCCUCUCUCUCUCUCUUUAUAUAUAUAAUAAUAAUAAUAAUUAGUCCGGUAAUCUAGCAUGACUUGCCUAUCGAGCUUAGUUUGCAAGGUAUAAGAUUCGAUCGGGGUUUAUUCAGUGUACACAUUCGAGUAGCGGUUGCGAAUUCUCACAUCAUAAAUAAUAAUAAUAAUGAGUCCCGUAAAGAUGACCGGUGGUUUGGGGAUUGGUUGUGAUCGUGAAAUUAUGAGUUUAAACCUCGACGCUUUCUAGUUUUGUCUGUGCAGCAUAUGGUUCACUUAAUAUGACUUGUCUUGUUGAGUUUAAUUUGCAGACUAUUAGGCUCGGCAUAGCGGCUACGGAUUUUCACCGUACUAAAAUAAAUAAAUAAAAAUUAGAAGAUAUUGCCACUUGUUGUGUUGUUGUUGCCUAUUCUUGAAGAAAUUUAUAAGAGAGAGGGAGAGAGAAAUUCCAACGUAAGCAAUGCCAAACUCAAGCCUGUAACUGUAACUCCUCUCUCUCUCUCUCUAUAUAUAUAUAUAUAUCAUUUAUUUUCUUUUGUAUGUAGUGAUUAGAGGUGAUGAGUACCCUAACCACCCUCCCUCCUUCAACUCUCUUUACUUUUGUUUCUUUCUCCAGUUCUAUUAUUCAUUUGUUUUUUUAUGGCCUACAAAUUUCUCAAUACAUACAUACAAUACAAUACAAUACUUAUAUAUUAAUUAAUUAAUUAUAACACACACAAAGAAGUAUCAAUCAGCAUCACCUCUCACUUAACACCACUGCAUUAUUAUUAUUAUUAUUAUUAUAAAUAUUAAUAUUAACAAAAUUCAACCCUACAGAUAGAUAUGGAUGUUGUUAAGUUCAGGCUCAACAACUAAAUUUUAUUCCUCUAUUUCCAUUAUUUGAAAAGUCACCUUCCUUCACCAAAACUUCUCAACCAUUUCUGCAACUCAUCUUCAUUGCCUCUCUCACUCAUCCUCUACCAUCUAUACAUACACACACAUAUAUAUAUACACAAUCUGUCGAAAAAGGUGUCGUUUCGCUUGCUCGAAGAUGGCUCGUCGUUGUCGCGAACGUCAUGAAUUCGAUCGCCCUUCUCAUUCAUCAUCAUCAUCAUCAUCAUCUUCUUCUUCUUCUAGCUUGAUCAUCAGUUUCUGAGUCAACUCGAGCUCGGAUCGAUCAGUUUCCGAUCAUAUGGAUAGUCGAUGGAGGAGAUACAGAGGUCUCUGCCCCUUCACAAGAUUGAUACUAUCUUCAUCUCUUUAUAUCCUCAACUUGACCCUCUGCUCCUCUCUCAACAAUGAAGGUGCAGUGCUGUUGAGAUUUAAGGAGAAACUCGGGAGUGAUCCAUUCGGGGCGCUGUCGAAUUGGGAAGACGUCGCUGAUACGGAUGAUCCGUGCUUUUGGUUCGGCGUGGAGUGCUUCGAUGGCCAUGUUGUGUCCUUGAACCUAAGGGAUUUGUGUUUGAGAGGAACACUGCCAUCUGAAAUAGGGGAAUUGAUUUACAUCAAGUCCUUAAUUCUACGCAACAAUUCCUUUUCCGGAAUCAUUCCCGAUGAGAUUCUCGAUUUGGAAGAGCUGCAGCUGCUCGACAUCGGAUACAAUGACUUCAAUGGCGAGCUCCACUACGGCUCAACAACACCCGCCGUCAUCUUGUUCGACAACAACGAGCUUCUGGAGAACAGAUAUCCCAAACAUUUUCGACUCGACCAUCUGUUUGAAGUUCCCGCCGGCACCAAGCCAACCCCGUCGUGUAAUCAGCUCUCGGUCGCCGGGAGUUCAGGCAACGUGAUAAGACGAACGUCUUUGCAAGAAUCUCCUUCCAAUAGACGUGUCCGGAAAUUCAUCAUACCGUGGGAUCCUCCGGCACCAGAUUUACCUCCUAAUUCUGCGCCUUCGCCUACAGAUCAGAAUCCGUUUCCGGGAUCACCAAUUCCUUCGGCAGCUCCCGACACACCUUUUGCUCCAUCCCCUCUAAUGGAUAAACCUUUGAGGAAUAAUAAUCGUCAUUAUCAUCGACACCAGCUUCUGAUAAUAUAUUCGGUUGCCGGAAGUUCUCUAUUGCUCCUUCUAGUAGUCGGGAUCGUAUUCUGGCAAUGCAGCAACGUUGCUUCCGUCCGGCCAUGGGCGACGGGACUCAGCGGACAGCUCCAAAGAGCUUUUGUAACUGGCGUCCCGAAGCUCAGAAGAUCCGAGCUCGAGGCUGCUUGCGAAGAUUUCAGCAAUGUGAUCGGUUCUUCUCCGUUGUUGUACAAAGGAACAUUGUCGAAUGGAACAGAAAUUGCGGUUGCUUCCAUUGCUGUGACAUCGUCCAAGGACUGGUCGAAUAGCAUGGAAUCCCAAUUCAGGAACAAGAUUGAGACGUUGUCAAGAGUGAACCACAAGAACUUUGCUAGCCUGCUUGGGUAUUGCAUCGAAGACGUGCCUUUCACACGGAUGAUGGUUUUUGAAUAUGCCCCCAACGGUACUCUCUUCGAGCAUCUACAUAUAAGAGAAGCCGAGCAUUUAGACUGGGCAACGCGACUACGAGUCGCAAUGGGGAUCGCAUAUUGCCUCGAGCAUAUGCACCAACUCGUCCCGCCAAUCGCCCAUCCAAAUCUCGACUCUUCGGCCGUCUACCUAACUGAAGAUUACGCUGCAAAAGUCUCCGACUUCCCCUCCGCCAGCUCGCCAUUGUCAUCGAGAACAGAACCAAAUCCAUCAGCCAAUGUAUACAGCUUCGGUCUCGUCCUGCUCGAGAUGAUGACGGGAAGGCUAUUAUAUUCGGCAGGGAGGAGAUCGCUCGAGGAUUGGGCAUCGGAUUAUCUUACCGGAACACAGUCAUUGAGAGAAUUGGUCGAUCCGACUUUGGAGACUUUCGACGAAAAUCAAUUUCAAGAGAUUGGUGGCGUGAUAAGAUCGUGCGCCGGCAAAGAUCCUCGGCGGCGACCGGAUAUGAGAGAAGUUUGUAUGAGGUUGAAGGCGAUAACGGGGAUGGAUGCCGACGCGACGGCACCGCGAGUGUCGCCGCUUUGGUGGGCUGAAGUUGAGAUCAUGUCAGCUGAUGCUAGUUAGAGCUGUAACUUCUACAUCUCUUUUUCAAUGUGUUGUAUAUAGGGAUGGUUUGGUACAGUAUAUCAGAAAUACUGGAUUAUGUCUUAUGUUGUAGCUUAAUUAUUUAGGUAUAUUAAUAAAACAUACGGAUAUCAUACAAAAAAUUUGGUAUAUAGAGAAUUCGGUAUACCAAAAAUUAUGAAAGACAUAUAUAUACACU